AUGGACGACCACAGCCACGAGCACGAACAUGGUGCGACCGGGCAUUCUCACAACCUCGAUCCAUCAGUCUUUGAAACGAGUGCUGCCACCGACGAGCCCAUUGGCUACAUCAUGGCUCUCCACAUUACGUUCAUGGUGUUAUCGUUUGGAUUUUUAUUCCCAUUCGGUAUGGUGCUUGGCUUGGCUAGAAAUCGAUGGCAUGUCCCAGUCCAGAUACUUGCAACAGCACUGUUCGUGGUGGGCUAUUUCUUGGCCCAUGCCCAUGCUGGUCGUAACUAUGAGCCACAUAUUGCACAUCGAUGGUUUGCCUCUAUCCUGAUAUGGUUGCUCGUCGGCCAGUUAGCCAUUGGCGUCUAUUUGAAACUGCAUCUGGAACGUGGCAUUCAUGGUCGCAUUCGGCCUUUUGUUGUACCGUUUCACAAAGUCCUUGGUGCCUUGGUUCCAGUUAUUGGCUAUGUCCAAAUCUUACUUGGUGUCAUUGCAAGUCUUGGCUUUUGCUAUGGAGAUCAUACGGGUCAAUGUCUAGCUCACUUUAUUAUGGGUUCAUCCUUUGUUGGUUAUGGUAUCUUGAUGUUACUCUCGUUGCGUGUGGGCGGUCCAUGGUUAUUGCGACGUGGAAAAAGCCAAGAAUGGUAUGACAGCUGGGUGAUUAUGCUCUGGGGUAUUGUCAACACGUUCACUGAGCAUCGAUGGGGUCAACCAUGGAACCAUGGCGAUUAUCAACAUACUUCAAUGGGAAUUAUUUGGUGGAUUGCUGGUGCAGUCGGCAUUGUCUUGAGCAGAAACGGCAAUCGUUCAGUGAUUCCUUCGGUUCUUAUCAUGUUGACAGCUGUCUCAUUUUUCGGACAUGCACAACACGUACCCAACAGCGAGAAACUUCAUUCCUAUUUUGGAUACAUGCUCAUGGCAGGAGGAUUCAGUCGUAUCAUUGAAAUCUGUUUUGUAUGGAAAGAAGGCAACUUUAGCAUCUCUCCUUUCCAGUAUAUCCCUCCUUUGACAUUGAUGCUUUCUGGUUUGCUCUUUAUGGGUUCCAAUGAAGAGCAGCUAUUGCUUCUUAGUGCCUUGAACAUUGAUCCUGGAUCGUACAGCAAUAUUCUCCUGUCAUUUGGUUUUGCCGUCUUUUUAUUCUCCUUGGGCCUCAUUCUCUUAUGGGAAAAGCUUACACAAUACCUUCCAUCAGCUGCAUCCCGUACACAACCAGCUCCUGUUGGAGACUAUAGCCAGCUCAAUAAUGUGGAAACGAUCCAUGAUGCAAGCUCUGAUUUUCUAGAGGAUGAUGAAGAUGAAGAUGCCAUGCAACUCAAGACACGUGUUGGUCCCAACCAUAUUUAA